AUGGCUGCUUCGUACAGAUCGAGACAAGGAUUAAGCACGAGGCCAGCAGCAGUGGGUGGUAACUCUGAUGAAAUUCAGUUGCGAAUUGAUCCGAUUCAUGCCGACCUCGAUGAGGAACUCACCGGUCUUCACAAGCAAGUUCGACAACUAAGAGAUGUAGCUCGAGAGAUUGAGUCAGAAGCAAAGUUCCAGAAUGAUUUCCUUAAUCAGCUGCAAAUGACAAUGAUCAAAGCUCAGGCAGGGGUCAAAAACAACAUGAGGAGACUCAACAAAAGCAUCAUCAGAGAAGGAUCGAAUCAUGUAAUGCAUGUUGUUCUUUUUGCGCUUUUGUGUUUCUUCGUUGUUUACUUGUGGUCCAAGUUUUCCCGGAGAUGA